AACUUAUACCAGCAUACUGCUACUGUUACCAGCAUACUAGUCCACAGUUACUGAUCAGCUGUUCGCGAUGGUGCAACUGUUUAAGUUCCUGCUGAAAUCCACAAAAACGCCUGCGCGUGCACAUUUUCGUUGCAACUUCUUGGACACUUUGCGUCUGACGGUACGCGGCGGACAUGGUGGAAAUGGCUUACCCAAAUAUGGAGGAGUUGGUGGGCAGGGCGGCUGCGUCUACUUCGUGGCUAAGGAGGGACUAACAUUGCGGAAAGUGGCACAAAAUAUAAGAGAAAAGCGCGUUCAGGCGUCUAAUGGCGAGGACAGCAGCAAAGUGAGCAUAUAUGGAAAACGCGGCAUGGACCAAAGAAUAGAGGUGCCACUGGGAGUUCAGGUGUACGAUGAGCAACAGCAGAAAUUGCUUGCGGACCUCAACGAACCCGAUUCCAGCUGCAUUGUGGCGGGCGGAGGCACAGGCGGCUGCGUAGGAAACAAUUUCAUCGGUCGGCCAGGAGAAAGUCGCACGGUGCAGCUAGAUCUCAAGUUGAUUGCAGACGUGGGUUUGGUUGGGUUUCCCAAUGCAGGCAAGAGCACACUGCUGAAGGCUAUAUCUAAUGCGAAAUCCAAGAUAGCAGCGUAUCCAUUCACCACGAUUCGGCCACAGGUCGGAACCGUGGAGUACGCUGACCUACGUUCCAUAACUAUUGCCGAUCUUCCUGGUCUGAUAGAAGGGGCACAUGCCAACUUUGGCAUGGGUCACAAGUUCCUGAAGCACAUCGAGCGCACUCGCCUGCUGCUCUUCAUGGUGGAUAUUUUCGGCUUUCAGCUGAGUCCGCGCCACGCACAUCGCGACUGCCUGAGCAAUAUUUAUGCACUAAACAAGGAGCUGGAGCUAUACGAUCCUGAAUUGUUAGAGAAACCCUGCGUGUUGCUGAUCAACAAAAUGGACAAGGAAGGUGCUCAGGAGUUGCUAUUAAAUCUAAAGCCAUGUCUUACAGACUUGAACAGCAGCCUAUCCGCCUGUCCCGGUGAACUGCGUCCAAAUAGAGUGAUUAGAUUUAAGCAUAUUUUACCUAUAUCUGCUAAAAACUCAGGGCGCAUUAUUCAAGUAAAGCAAAAGCUGCGUGGAACCCUCGAUGAACUGGCGGAAGAGCAACUGGUCACAGACUCUAAAGUGCUCAAAGAGCAGUUGAAGCAACGAGUGGGCGUUAUAGGUCCCAAAAUAACAUAAUGAAAGCCAACUUUG